AUGGAAGGAGCACAAGUAUCAUCCCCGUCAGUUGGGGGCCCACGUGGUGGUGGCUUUCGCGGACGCGGCGGUGGCGCUCCCAUGCGCGGCGGAUUCGACCGUGGCCGUGGACGCGGUGGUCGCGGUCACUUUAUGGGUGGCAUGCGCGGUGGAAUGGGUGGUGGACCGCCGGGAAUGCAGGGCAUGAUGCCGGGCCCUCCGCGCGGCAUGCGUGGACCCAGAGGAGGAAUGGGCUACCAGGGACGCGGAGGAUUCCAGCCCCGCGGUGGCGCUCCGAUGGGCAUGCGAGGCGGACGCCCGCCCAUGUACCAACAACCUCCCAAACAACACACAGGUGCCGACAACAACAAGACGGUGUCGCCCGUGCCCACAACAGCGGCGUCUGGCGAGUCACAGGCCGGCGAGGCCACCGGAGAGCAGGAGACCACAGAUGCCCAGACUCCGGCGCCAGUUUCUGCGUCCAACAACUCACAUAGCAGCAGUGCUCCAGGCAGCAAUGGUGGUGGCGGUGGAGGUGGCGGAGGUGGAGGUGGACCUCCACCAUACUUGGGACGCGGUCGUGGACGUGGCGGUCCGUUUAGUGGACGCGGUCGCGGCGGUGGCUAUAAUCCACAUAUGAAUGGCAGUGGAGGAGGCGGUGGAGGCGGCAUGUACGGUGGUCCUCAUUCGCAUCAUAGCAACUCAAUGGGCGGCGGUCCUGGGGGCGAUCACGGACAAAUGCCACGACGUGGGGCACCCCGUGGCCGAGGCGGGUACAAUCAAGGUAUGAGUCGGCCACCCAUGCAUCACCAUCAGGCACAUAAUCCCAAUACACAAAUUGCACCGGUACCAGCUCUCAAACGUGGCGCACCCGGUGGUCCUGGUCCCAAGCGUGGACGCUAUGAGGGUGGUCCCUACGGCCAGCGGCCCAUGACACCCAAAUAUCAUAACUCUCAACAGCAUAUGGGCGGCGGCGGUGGCGGUAUGGCCUCGCAGUCAUCCUACGGCUCGGCUCCCAGCCAUCAUUCAUCGGCUCAAAGCCAUCAUGGUUAUCAGACCCACGACCAGACACAGCAGGUCGAUCCGUAUGCGCAGAGCAGUUACAGCGCAUCGACCUCGCAGCAGGGCUACAAUGGCUAUGGCCAGAGCAGCAGCAGCUAUGCAGCGCACACAUCUCAGACAAGUGCACCGGCCAGCAGCAGCUAUGCCACACAUGGCACCGAGUACGAUCAGAGCCAGUAUCAGAGCUACAAUUCGACGGGCUAUGCCGCACAGCAGGAUACACGCUAUCCUUCGUACAGCCAGGACUACAGCCAGCAGUAUGGAUCAACGGCUGUGGAUUACAAUGCGACUGGGCAGACGGACUACAGCCAGCAUGGACAGCAGAGCACCGCUGGCUACGACGAGCGAGCCUAUGCAGGCUAUGACUCGCAGGCUUAUUCGCAGAACUAUUCGAAUGCAGCCGCUUACUACUAGACAACCGCAUAACCGUCUCCUCACCCACAACACCCUAGUGGCCAGACACCAACCCAAAACAGAGAGUAAAAGAACGCUGCGCGUGCUCCGAUGAUGGGCGGUCAAGUAACCAAAUAAAAAUGGGAUAUAAGGGCAGAAAGUAUAAACAGAAAUACAGAAAGGGAAGGAAGGAGGUAUAUGUUUAAUGCAUAAUUAAUUUGCUAUAUAUAUAUAAAAUAAUAAUACAAAUACCACACACACUCACACCCAAAAACACACACACUUAACAUAUAUAACUUUAGUUUUAAGGAAAAAAAGUUCUUCUUUUCUUAGACAUUAAGCAUAACCCCCAAAGCAUUGCUGCGCGUCUCUUUCCAUAAUCAAUCUGCUACCCUUAACCGAAUCGAAUCACAUUUCUCCCCCCUGUUAUUUUGCCUUGUUUCCCCGCUGAAUUUCCCAGCCCCGCCUAUUGUUUAAUGUUUUGUUCCUGGACAAACGGAGCCUUGUGCUCCAGCCAAAAACCCGCUCUUAGAUUCUCCUUUUUACAAUUUACAAUUCAAGUGUGUGACCAAAAGUAUGUUUAAAUAUUCAUAUUUUUUUACAUCAACUGAAAGAGUAAAACAGUCGCGAUCCGAAUCACUGGAUACUGAACUGAAAUAAAACUAAAAACUUAUAUAUUGUAAAUCAUGUCAUGUCAUACAGAAGAAUAAAAUCGGAUGUAUCAAUAGAUUUUAGUUGUUAAGCUCAAAAACAAAACCCACAGUGAAACAGAGAAAAUCCAAAACCCCAAAGCAUACAAAAAUAUGUUUAUGCAGCAACUGGAAUCGGCUAUGAUUUUGCAAGAUUUUUGACAAAGAACCAGAACCUUUAUUUCUUUUUUGUUUUUUUUUCUCACCCUCUAUCCCAAGAAACAA